AUGGAACCAAGACUUUCCGGCGACAAUGCAAUAGAGAUUGGUGAUGGAAAGAGGCCACAAGAAGAGAAGCUCGAGCCAGACAAGGCCGACGAAGAAGUUGGGCUCCUCAGAGAUCAGGUAAUCGCCAUACUCGCGGCUGUACCAGAUGUUGAGGUCGACGAGAUAAUUGGGGUAGAGGUUUUGAGGGAGGCAACUCUGGGUGUCAAAGAGUGGAGCUACCACAACUAUGAGCAAGAAGAAGAAUAA